AUGACAUCAGCAGCAAUUCCAGCUAUUCCCGCACAGCCAAAGAGGGCUAAAAGGACAAAAACAAAUUUGGCCACCGUAUCGCUACCAAAGUGCAAAUACGAGUUGCUGGAUGAGGCCACCAGGGAAAGAAAAGAGGAGAUGGCCCAAAAGGCUGCAGUAGAAGAGGCGAAGAAAAGUUAUCCAGACACGAACACAAAGCCCGACAUUUUUCUCUCUUCAUCGUUUUUAUCGGAUGAUAAGAUUAUCAUCGUAAAUUACCCGAAAAACAAGAAAGAGAAGAGGGAGAAGAGGGAUAAAGAUAUCAACGACGCUUAUAACGCUUUAAAUGGCACGAAAAACGACAACUCAACACAAGAUAUGCCGCAAGGGGCAAUUGAUGCCCUUGAAAAACUACUUGGAAAGGUCCCUGAUCAGCAAAAGACCCGGGGCUCAAAUUACGGAAGAUUGGCUCAAGACUUCACGUUCCCGUCAAAACAACAGUCCACAGCAGGGAAGUCAAAAGAAACAAAUGAAGAAGAAACUGCGGCUUCAUCCUCAAAAUCUUAUGAGGAUGAAAGAGAAGCUGAUCUCGAGGACCUCGACAAAAAAGAACGUGCACGUCGCCGAAAGAGCAACUUAAAUGCUCUAGCGCCGUCUUUCACACCUUCCUUCGCCUCAAGCGGCUCAUCAACGGAUCAGAAUAAGUCUGUUGAUUCUGACUCGAGAAUUGAGGUUGAAGAUCGGAAGAAAAAGAACAAAAAGGAGAAGGCGGUGAUAGAUGUAAAUGGUGAUAUUGAAUCACCGACUUAUCAAAGAAAACCAAAAAAAUCGAGCCAACAGAUUCUACCAUCUGAGCUUUCAGCAAUUGACACCACAACAGGUUCGUACGGUAGUUACGUCACAAAUUCUUUCGAACCGGCUUUCUUCAUGCCGGCUGCACCACCUACGCCCUUCCCGGUUCAAUUUGUCGAAAAUAGUCCUCCAAACUGGGAAGAGUUCCAGAAAAAUUUAUCAACCGAAGUGGUUAGCAGAGUUGAGAUGCAAGUUCAGAAGCAUAUUGAGAAGCUUGUUUCUGAAGUUAGAACAACAUUGGUUGAAACUAGGCCCGAAUAUAUUAGUAGUAGUUCGUCCGUAUCGGACAAAGGAAAAGAUGAUACUGUAAGACUAUUUGAAGAAACUGAAAGAAAGAACGAAGAAACAAGAUUCAAUAAGAUGCAAGAAGAGCUUUUACAAGAAUUGCAAAAUUAUCAACAUGAUAUUCUUUCUUCUCAUGAAGAAUUAAUGUUAAGGCAUGAAGAAGUGCAAACACGACACUUUCAACUUCAAGCGGAAGUUCAAUCAACAAGUGUUGUUCAACGACGUCAUGUAGAACUUCAAAACAUGCUCCAAAAAGAGCUUAGUCAGCUUGACGAAUUAAAGACCUGUCUGCAAGAGAUGCAGAGUGAACAUCGAAAGAUGCAAGAUCGUCAACAGCAACUUCAUGAUGAGAUGACAGAUUCACAAACGUUACGUCGUCGUCUCGGCGAAUUCGAUGGCGAAAUUGCACAACUUCGUUUUAAGAAUAAUCAGUUGACUGAAGAAAAUACCUUACUUAGAAAUGAAAUCGCCAAACUUUCUGAAGAAAGCAAGGUGAAAGAGCGCAAGCAAGAUACUUUUAUUUUAGAAUUACAAAACCGUGAGCGGCAAUUGCAGUCUGAAAACAUUAUACUCAAAAACAAGUUUUCAAAUAACGAAAGUGAACUCAAUCUUGUUCGAAACAAAAAUAAACAAGUUGAAUUGUCGUUAGAAGAGCAAAUACAAAAAUUUCGUACCUUACAGAAUGAAAACCAAAAGCUUUUUGAAGAGAAUACUGCCACAAAAAAUAGCCAUCAGUCCAACAUCAGUGAACUUAAAUCUAAACUUCGGCAAGCAGAAAAUGAACUAGCCGAAUCUCGUAGAAAGUACGAGUUCGAUAUUAAUACUUGGAAAAGUAAUGAGGAAAACUUGCGAGCAGAAUUACAAGAUACUGCGCGCCAGCUUGAUGACGUGCGUGAUUAUCAUUCGUUGAAAAAAGUUCAAGAAAAGCUUGAAAGUGAGAGGAAUGAACUGCUAAGGAUAAAUCGCGAACUUCAAACUCAACGUGAACAAGAUUCGAUUCAGAUUAGGAACAUGAACAAUGAAGUUGAAAAACUGAAGAAGGAAUGUAAUGAAAUGCAGCUAGCUCGUAAUCUUGAAAACGAGACAAUUCAGACAAUCCAAAACGAACUCGCUGCUCAUCGUACUUGUAAGAAGUCUUUAGAAAACAGAGUCAGUGAAUUAAGUAAAAUUCGCCAGGAGCUAGAAAAAGAAGUUGCGGAACUUGUUGAGUUACGUCCUCGUAUUAAGGAAUUGGAGAAACAAGCCUCUGACCUUGAACGUUCCUGUUUGAAAAUGAAGGAGUUAGAAACUCACUCAGUUGAACUGGAUCAUUAUCGACGUCGUACUCAUGAAUUAGAAACAGAGAUUAAAAACCUUCGUCAACACGGUAGAGAUUCCGAGAAUCAUGCAAACCAAAUUGAGAAUUUACAGCAAAUGUGUCAUGAUCUUGAAGAAAAGUUUGACAAUACAAAUUCUGAGGUUAUUCAAUUACGACACAAUAAUAGUGAAUUGAAAAAAGAAGCGUCCGCAAAAGCCGAGGAAGUUAAACUACGUACUUCGGAAUUGAAUCAAGCUCGUGGAAUAAACCAGAGUUUGCAAAAUAGGACAAUUGAAAUUGUCAACGAAUUAUCAGAUUUAAGGAUGCGAUUGCGUGAGAUCGAAGCUGAAAAGAAUCGAUUACAGAUGAAUGCUGCUAGUACAUCAACAAUUUCAUAUAAUUCUCCCAUGCAUACCCCUCGUAUUACGAAUAGUGACAACAUCUUGGAUGAGCGUCGUAUUUCCCGAGAUCAAAUGCUUUACAGCAACCCAUCAAUUCCAAAUAAUUUAAAUAAUUUCGAAUCGUCCAACUAUAAUCGUAUCAAGCCACAAAACACUCCAAACACUUAUUCACAACAAACAUUCAGUCCUCUUAAUAAUAACAUGUCUUCACAAAGUUUACAAAGUUCACAGCCUAUGCAAAUAAUGACAUCAGGCAUUAACCUUCAACAUUCACAAGCGUCUCAAUAUUCUCCUAAUCAUUUUUCAUCUACUAAUCAUCUUCAAUACAAUCAACCACCACAAGAAGUUCAAUCAGUCGUACCACUUCAACAAUUUUCUCACAUACCACCAGUUGUUCAAUUGCCACACUCUCACCAUCAACUUCAUUCUGCGCAACAACAAAAGAUGACACAACAGAUGCAGACUCAUUCUCAUCUUCCACCAUUAAUGACAAUGCAGUCGUAUUCAACAAAUGUAUCGGCCCUUCCUUCACCAACGACAUCACAACAAGGUUCUCAGUCACAUCCAACGCAACAAAAAAAUGGUAAAGCGCACAGCCGCAAUAGCUCAAACAACCUUGGAAAUAAUUAUCCUAAACAAAGUAAGCAAAAGAGUAACAGGAAGAAACAAAAGAAUGCGUCCGGUAGCCAGCACAAAGGUGUUAACGAUACUGUUGCAAAUAAUGCAAAUAAUGCCAAUAAUCCUCAAACAAAUGCCACAGAUUCCAAUGCUUUAAGAAAUCCAUGGAAUAAAUCUGAAUUGAACAAUGGUAUCUGGUGGGAACAUAACAAAACUGAUUAG